AUGUCCUCAAGAUCCUACAAAAACGCCAUUCUGGAGCAUCAUCAAGGCUUACAUGGAAGACUCUACAACCCCGCAACCAAAAAAUUCAAAUUCAGUGAAGGCAACGAGCAUGAAAUUACAAGCAAUGAUGUGUCUGACAUCUUUGGAUUGCCAAACAAAGGAAACAAGUUGCCAAGCACAACAACUUCCACAAGAACAAAUUUGGCCUUCGAAAAGAAGUACUUCGAGAAGUCAAAAAAAAUCACAAAAACUGAGAUUGAUAGGUGUCUGAACACAGCAAUAGCAGAUGACAGAAAGAAGAAUGCAAUGGAUGUUGUCAGGUUGUUAAUCCUAGAGCUCUUCAUCACAAAUCUCUUUUGCAACUCUGGGGCGACAAUGGCUUGGACCUUUUUGACUAUGAUCGACACAUUAGAAGCUAUGAACAGCUACAACUGGGCACAAGGAGUCUUAGAUUACAUGCAUUAUGGACUGGACCAAGCCAUAAAAAAUAAAAAGGACAAGACAAAUCAACCAAGCGUCAGUGGUUGCCUUGUGCUAAUCCUGAUAAAAGCUGCUGACAAUGAAAAAGAAGAAGCAACAAAGACUGAUCAUGCAGACCAUGAAGAACAAGAAGAAAAUGAAGAGGAUGAUGACUUUGUUAUCACACUUAAAGAUUGGUUAAAGAGUCAAACACAAAAAGGAAAAAGCCAGACUGUUAUUACCCAGAAACAGAACUUCAGCUUCCAUGAAAAUGUGGACCAAAGUGCAACCCAGACAAAAACUCCACAACAGGAGCAAAAUGAAGACAAUGCACAAUCAUUGGGAUGCAAAGCAGAUGAUGAAAUUGAAGAACCACCAGCACAAUCAUUGGAAUGCGAAGCAGAUGAUGAAAUUGAAGAACAAGCAGUUGACCUUAGUGCAGACUCAGUGACGGAGGAGGACACUGUUAAUGUCCAGCAACAGAACCCAGAACUUGACAGCCAAGAAGAAGACUUCGACUCCAUUUUUGUGGACAUAGUGGGGUCAAUCCCAGAGUACUACAAGCAUGAAAUAGCCCUACCCAUGAGAAAAUCCAACAGCUGA